UUGAAAGACAGCGUCCAUGUGCCUGUGCCAUGCAAGGGCGAGGUGCUGGUUCGCGUGCGAGCGGCGAGCAUCAACCCGGGUGAAUGGAAGGUGCAUUCGGGCGGGCCUCAUCCCCUUCCUGCCGCGCCGCUUCCCGGCCACCGCUGGUGCAUUCGGGCGGGCCUCAUCCCCUUCCUGCCGCGCCGCUUCCCGGCCACCGCUG